AUGGCUGGUAAGGGAAUUGGGUGCUUGGCUGAGGCCAUGGGCGCGCUGCGGGUGUCUGCCAAGGUACGUGAAGAGACUGCAAUCGCUUCAAUGCUAACAGAUGAAGCCGGCGACACUCAACAAGGCCUUUACAAGGUCAAUGGCUACAGAAGUCUCUCCAAAGAAUACUGCAGAGACAAAAUCUCCGAAUACAACCCAAGGCAUUCUCGAAUCAUGGAAGCCCAGUACGACUCCCGUCAGCCGUCAAUGACCUUACUGACCAGCGCAGUCACAACCGUUCCCGUCACAGUCCACGCUUUUCCCUCGCUGGAACCGACCUCUCUCGAACGAUGGGACGUCAACCAUCUCUAUCUCCCUCUCCGCCGCGAUCUCCUCCAUCUCGCCGUCGUCUACGAAGGUGACAACACCCGCCAAGGAACCGCCUCCUCCAAAACCCGUUACGACGUCCACGGCUCCCACCGAAAGAUGCGUCCUCAAAAGGGAACCGGCCGAGCUCGUAUGGGAACCAAGCAAAGUCCCAUAAACCGCGGUGGUGGAAAGGUGUUUGGUCCUCAUCCCCGCGACUUUGGCACCAGCCUCACCAGAAAGGUGUACGACAAGGCAUGGCGCACAGCUCUGAGCUACCGUUACCGAAAAGGCGAUCUGAUUGUGUGCGAGGACGGCAUGGAUCUUGUGUUGCCGACUGAUUACGAGCUCGUUGCUGGAAAGUAUCUCAAGGAUGGACUGAAGGAGGCCUAUCUCAAGCGAUACAUGACUGGAGUGCUGGGAAAUCUCGGUCUAGGCCGUGCUAGCGGUCGAACUCUUUUCGUCACUGGAAACCGACGUGAAGCUCUUUUCGGCGCCAUGGAGCAGCUUCCUUGGGAGGGUCGAGCACUAGACUUGCAGGAUGUUGAUGUCAAGGACCUUUUGGAGACGGGCAAGGUGGUACUGGAGCGCAGCGUGCUCAAGGAGAUGAUCAAGAAGCACCAGAGCGACUUGGUGAGCAGAGUUGUUAUGCAAGGCCUGGUCAAGGGGGGCCCAAAGUUAGGGACGCCUGUGAUUAGGGCAUGA